GAGCCAGCUCAGUUUAUAAUCGAGCCGAGCCUGAGCUUGCCCUAGCUCGACUCGGCUCGGCUCAUCUCAUGAACAGCCCUAGACAAAGAGUUGGCAAGAUAUCGGGUUGGGUCGGGUCCCCAAGCUCAGGAACACGAACACUCUCUUAUCUUUCAGUUUCAGUUUCCCAAUCAAUCUGUGUAGUGUAGGUAGGGUUUCAACUCUCAUAAAACUCUUCACUUGCUCAUCAGAUACUCUUACAAUUGCAGUUUCCUGACCAGAUGCAGGCGGCUAGAGGAGGUUGGCUUGGGCAAACAUUUGCUCUAGCCAAGCAUCAUGAUUCGUUUGACGGGAAGAAAUCCGGUGGUAUUCGGCGUUCCAAGGAGGAAAGGAAGGGAAUGGUUGAGACUUUUAUUAAGAGGUAUCAGAAGAGUAACAAUGGAGAUUUCCCAUCGCUCAAUCUCACACGUAAGGAAGUUGGUGGGUCCUUUUACACAGUUCGUGAAAUAGUUCGGGAGAUAAUUCAAGAAAAUCGAGUAUUGGGCCCACCCAAAUCACCUUCAGGGGAUCAUAACAUGGAGAACCUUAAUAGCUUCUUGGAACACCAUCCACAAGAGACACAAAUCCAACACGAGUCUGAGUUUGUGUUUAUAAAUGAAAACGUGUUGAAUUUGCCGAAUAACGAAGCAUUUGAAAAUUUGAAGAACGGAGAAUUAUCAAUGGAAGAACAAAAAGUUGAAGUACACGAAGUUGUAGCAAACGGAACUCAAAAUCAUCAAAUAAUAGAAGUAGAUAAAAACUUGGAGGAAGAGAUGGUACAUCCACUACAAGAGUCAAAGUCAAAGUUGGAAAGUCAAAAGGGUCAAGCCCGUUCGUCAACGAAAGAAAACUUGGUGUUUAAUGUUAAUGGUAGCACAGAUGUUCAACUUGAAGAUACUUUACUUUCUGAACAAAAGACUAUAAAUGGUCACACCAAAACCUCCUGUAAUCUGGUACGAGAGCCAACACUUGAGGAAAGACUUGCAAAUUUGAACCAAUCUAGUAGCCAGCCUGGUUCCAGUCCCCAAAACAGAAUCACAACGUUGAAUAGAGUUGAUCUUAAGUCAUGGAAAGCAGUAUCAAGGAAAGCUAGUGGCCGGGAAACUCACCAAGUCGUGAAAUUCAUACGGUCUUUCAUCACCGCAUUCGUGAAGUUUUGGUCUGAGUAGAUUGUUUUUUUAGGGUCAAGUUUGCGUAUGUUUUGAGAGUGAAAUAGAGUGGUAAUGUUAUGAAAUAGUAUGGAUGUUACCUGUUUUUGUAGUGUAAAAAAGGAAAGAAUAUUUGAUUUUUUUUUCUUUCUAAUGACUGUUGCAUAUGGUUAAA